UGGUAUCAGCCACCAUGAGUGGAGUCACCACCUGCUUACGUUUCCCUGGCCAGCUGAACGCUGACUUGCGUAAACUGGCUGUCAACAUGGUACCCUUCCCUCGCCUGCACUUCUUCAUGCCUGGCUUUGCCCCACUCACCAGCCGUGGUAGCCAACAGUACCGUGCCUUAACUGUGCCUGAGCUGACACAGCAGAUGUUUGAUGCCAAGAACAUGAUGGCCGCCUGUGACCCACGUCAUGGCCGCUAUCUGACUGUAGCUGCUGUGUUCAGAGGCCGUAUGUCUAUGAAAGAGGUGGAUGAGCAGAUGUUGAACGUCCAGAACAAGAACAGCAGCUACUUUGUUGAAUGGAUCCCCAACAACGUGAAGACCGCUGUC